GAUUUUCAGCUUCUUGUAGGUCUUCAGGUGAUUUCGCUUCUUGAUACGCUGGAUCAUUCCGACACUGGAUCCUGCUUUUUUGCCAAAUCACGUAUUAACAUUGAUUUGUUUUUCAUGAUUAGAGAUACCACUUUCUGGUCCAGUUUCCGGUUGGAAGAACCGGGUUUUCUGCCUUUCCCUGGUAGCGUGUGUUCCCCAUACUUAUUAAUGAUGGUUUUAACACUGGCAUGGUGAAUUCCAAACCGCUUCGCCAAUUUUCGCAUACCCUUCUUACUUAGCCAUGUGUCCAGAAUCGUAAAUUUCACUUCCUUUUCAAUACGCGACAUUUUGAAAACGCAGAAUUUCAACCGCACAAACAAGUAAACAAACGAAAGCUGACAGCCAAACACACAGCAUGCUGUGAUCUGAGCAUAAAAAAUCAUCACAAAUACAUGCGUACAACACAAAAGUAUGUGGAUAGCUUAUUUUCGAUACCCUCGUUAUCCACUUAGAUAACGAUUGUUUUGAUUCCGGAGUGAAGUGAUGAAUCCAUGUUUCAUCCAUUGUCACAUAUUGACGCAAAAAUUCCGGUUUGUUACGUUUAAAUGUGGCAAAACACUGCUCAGAAUCAUUAUGUCAGCUCACUCGCGCAACUGCACUUUUCGAUCAUUCAAAACGAUUUUGUGGAUUUUUUAAAAAUGUUUUAUAGUGUCACCGUCUUUUGGACGUCCUUUGCGUUCUGCGUCAUCGGUGUCUCAACGACCUCAAACGUGGUGAGGACGUUUUAUUGUUGAACGGUAUUUUUUCCCAUCAAGAAGCAGUGUAAAAUUAAAACACGAAAUUGUUUUUGAUCCAUUGUUCUGAAAAUAACAAAACUAGCGUCACUCUCAGCACAAUAACUCACAAACUAAUGAAUAGAAUGUCAUGAAAUUUAAACUGAUGUCUUUUAAUGGUUAGUACUAACUGAAAAAAAGGUGACUAAAAUAAAACUGGCGCCGUCUAUGUGUAAGGCCCGGGACUUUUCAGCCAUUGUGUUAUAUGCGAAAAGGCAAAAAGAUUGUAGUGAUUCGGAAGCGAACAAAAUCACAAAGUUCAACAUGGAACAGAAAUCCAGGGCGCGCUCCGCUAUCAUCGAGAAUACUCCAACCGAACGAACAAUGCAAGCAAUUAAUUACUGAUCAGAACACAAUCGGAGAAAGAAAUAUCCAAACAAUUUCAACCGACCGAAUCCUCAGUUCGGCAUCACUGCAAUCAACGGAGAGGGUCAUUAACGGGAUUCGUAUCGCGUGAAGAAAAACAUAAUCGGCAAACGAUGAGCACACGCGAAACGGGCUGGCAUGGGCUAGUGGGUGUUGAAGGGGGGAGAGGGGAAAAGAUAGAGUAGCGAGUAUGGCACUGUCUCAGCAACAGGAUUUCUCAUCUCUAGCGCGAAAAAUUGGCGAACGGAAUUCAGGCAGGAAGAAGGCAAAAAUCAGCAACUGCAACGGCACACGUACCUGGGCUCUACACCCAACCAACAGACACACGCACACCAUCCGACAAUCGGAGCAUCCUUGCAUUCCAUUCCUAGUCGCUGUGCUGUAUAGUAGUAGCCAGCGCACGAGUGGGGGUGGGUGGCGUUUGGGUUUUAGGGAAUGAAGCACAAAAAAAAAUAAAACAAUAUUACGCUAUAAUCAUAGAAAUGGAGAGAAUGGCAUAAACCCUUCGGGGCAGCGCGAUGCUUCCAUUCGGCAAAUGACUUUGGCUUUGGCUCCUACUCCGGCGUGUGACGAUGGAUGAAACUUGUGGACGUGGCAGCGGAACGGAGCGGGGGAGCUUUAUGGAGCGUGCAGUACAAAACAGAGCAGCAAAAAAUUAUGCGAAUAAUCAUGAUAAUAAUCAGAAAACUCACAACACAACCGGAUUUAUGUUGAUGCGCUUACGGGUGCUGGGUUGAAGUGAUUUAUGAAGAGUUGCUUCGCUGAUACCGGGGAUACUAGGGAAAAAAAUGAAAGUCUCAGGGUAUGCGAAGGGAUAUCAACGCACGACUCGUGGAAAGUCCCCAUGGCUCUACUCGGAACUGAUACGUUUGGGAACGCUGACGGUCGGGAUUCCGUCCCGAUCCGGUGCAGAUCUUAGGGCGAGAACGUUGCCGGUCUGGAAAAUGCACGUUUGGAAGGAGCUAUCCUUGCCGGUUUUGAGUGGGAGAAUGAAAGUCGCAAAACAAAAGAAUUCAUAGAAUAUCAGAAAUUAAAAACUUAUCCUCUCCGGGCAAUUUUAAAUGCUUCUUUGUUUUUUCCAUCCUGUGCACAUAAUACAACAAACACUAGGCGGAGUAGUUUUUGCUUCUGGGAAUCUCCGGCGAUGAUUAUUACUACUACAGAAUAAAAAAAGGAGGAGCAGCGCGCUACUGGUUAAGGCUCGGAGCCCGGGAUGGAUGAGUUGCUUUGAAACGAGCAGUCGAAAGAAAAAUGGCGAAUGGUCGUGGAAGAAAAACCUACAGAAAAUAGGUCUCGUGGACAGCUCUGAAGUAUUAUCGUUUUAAUUCUUUGUGAUGAGUUGUCAAAGUGGGGUAAGACAACAAACGAAGUCUUCUGAAGAAUGCUGUUUGAUAUGUUUUGUAAAGUCAUUCGAAAUGGUUCGAUGAGUUUUAAUUUUGCAGGUAGUUUGAUGCUUCGAUCCGAUUGAUACGAGCGCCGGGAAGCGUAUGAUUAGCGGGUUUUUGAUAUACUAAUGUUGAUGAAAAGAGUCAAAUAUGCAGCUAUGCUCUAGCUACGAAGAACACUCCGAUGCCCUGAGUCGUUUGCUGUGAAGUGACUUAUCUUAGUCACCACCACGGAGUAAGCAAACUGUAUUUCGCAGUAAAUUUGUUUUUUUUUCAUUCUCCGGCAAAUCUAACGUGAUAUGUGCGACAAAAAACUUAUCUCGAGCAAACAGAGCCUUCUGCUGGCAUCAUAUUCAUACUCGCAUUCCAUGGAACUGUGCCAUAAGAUACGGCUAUGUUUAAAGUAGUAAUUGUUGCCGGGUUGCUUGCUGAAUAUAAGCCAGUACAUUUUUCAACCUGGAAAGAGGAAUUCAUUUUCCACACUUCUUCCUAUUGUUGGUUUUGAAAGCCAAAACUAUUGACGUCAGUGUUUGCCGUAAGAUAACCUAGUUUCUCGAUACAAAGAACAUGUUGCCAAGUACUCACAGUGAAUGGGAACCUAUUUCGAUGUUUCUAAUAGUUUCUUUAUUUUGUCUCCACAGGUUCACUCGUGGUGCUGGAACCCCAAAUCAACCGAGUUUGCUCUUAUCUUUUCAGGUCCCGAACAGCCAGAUUUCACACACGUAUUCUUCAGCUGAAUCGAUAUCGCUUAAAUCUGUUUAUAUUUUUUCUAGCAUUUUAUUAUGGUUCAAAAAUUAAAAUCCUUUCUUUUAAUUCUUCCCCAAAUGCAUCCGUGAACAGGACCACCCGAACUCCACUUCACCGUAGAUCUGCCUCUGCCUCUGCUGCUGCUCGUCAACGAGAAAAAAAAAGUUACCGUACGAGAGAAGCAGCAAAAAGCACUUUCCCCUGACUCGGGAUCAGGUAGCGUAAUAUGACAGAAGGUGCCACGUCGACAGCGGUUGAAUGUCUAGGUAAUUCACUGGAUGUUGUUGACCACAGCGAGCAACAAGACGCACCGAGGACGACGUCUAUCGAGCUUAACCUGCUGAAGCAGACCGGCGGUACGGAGGCAACCGAAGAUUCUACCCAGAAACAGCAACAUCAGCAACAAGUCGUCGAGAUGACGCAAAAUAAGGUAUCGAAGAAGGAGAAGCUACCGGACCGCGGUUCCUGGGGCUCGAAGCUAGACUUCAUCCUGUCCGUCGUCGGGUUGGCCAUCGGACUGGGCAAUGUGUGGCGUUUUCCUUACCUCUGCUACAAGAACGGUGGCGGAGCAUUUCUGAUACCGUACUUUCUAACCCUGUUCCUGGCGGGGAUUCCCAUGUUUUUCAUGGAACUGGCCCUGGGACAGAUGUUGACCAUCGGUGGACUGGGUGUGUUCAAGAUUGCACCCAUUUUCAAAGGUAUUGGAUAUGCGGCAGCUGUGAUGUCCUGUUGGAUGAACGUUUACUAUAUCGUCAUUCUGGCGUGGGCUAUCUUUUACUUCUUCAUGUCGUUACGAGCUGAUGUACCCUGGCGAACCUGUGAUAAUGCGUGGAAUUCGCUUAAUUGUGUGAAUCCUUACGAUCGGAAGAAUUUACUGUGCUGGGAAACAAUAGAAGUUAACAGCACACUGACCAAGAUUUGUUCGCUGAACUCGAACAACGUUUCGGUGACGGAUAUGACGGAUCCCGUGAAAGAGUUCUGGGAGCGUCGUGCGUUGAUGAUUUCCAGCGGUAUCGAAGAGAUAGGAUCGAUUCGUUGGGAGCUUGCUGGGACCCUGCUGUUGAUGUGGAUUCUGUGCUACUUCUGCAUCUGGAAAGGUGUCAAAUGGACUGGCAAGGUCGUGUACUUCACUGCUCUGUUCCCGUACUUCCUGAUGACCAUUUUGCUGAUUCGUGGUAUUACUCUGCCCGGUGCCGGUGAUGGUAUUAAGUUUUACGUUACACCAAACUUGGCGAAAUUGUCCGAAUCAGAGGUAUGGAUUGACGCCGUGACGCAAAUAUUCUUCUCGUAUGGACUCGGUUUGGGAACACUGGUGGCACUGGGAAGUUACAACAAAUUUACCAACAAUGUUUACAAAGAUGCGCUGAUCGUGUGUGCGGUCAACUCGAGUACCAGUAUGUUCGCCGGAUUCGUCAUCUUCUCCGUAGUCGGAUUCAUGGCGCAUGAACAGCAAAGGCCUGUGGCGGAGGUGGCAGCUUCUGGUCCGGGAUUGGCGUUCUUGGCGUAUCCUUCGGCCGUCCUACAGCUUCCGGGUGCCCCGCUGUGGUCCUGUCUGUUCUUCUUUAUGUUACUACUGAUCGGUCUUGAUUCGCAGUUCUGUACGAUGGAAGGAUUUAUCACGGCCGUUAUCGACGAGUGGCCCCAUCUGCUCAGACGGCGUAAGGAAUUGUUCAUUGCCAUUGUUUGUUUUAUCAGCUACUUGGUUGGGUUGACGUGUAUCACGGAGGGUGGAAUGUACGUAUUCCAAAUUCUGGACUCGUAUGCGGUAAGCGGUUUCUGUCUGUUAUUCCUGAUGUUCUUCGAGUGCAUCUCGAUCUCGUGGGCAUUCGGUGUGGACCGCUUCUACGACGGCAUCAAGGACAUGAUCGGUUACUACCCGUUGGCCUGGUGGAAGUUCUGCUGGGUUGUCACCACCCCGGCUAUCUGUGUUGUAAGUAUGAUUGCUACCGGUUGAUCCGGUGGAGCAGUUAAUUUGUUUUCAAAUCUGACUUGAGAUGACUAGGCGAGAUUUUGGAGUGAAUGAGGAUGUUUUUGGAGUGCGAGAAGUUUCAGGCUUCGAGGGAUGGGAGUUUGCAACGCCGAGGAGCAACACCAGGAAGCAGCAACGGUAAUUUUGGCAUAGAGAGUAUUUAGUUUUUCAUUUCAGCUAUCAGAGGUUUGUGAGAAGUACGUUUUCAGUGAUGUCUACUUGACAUAGGAGGACUAUGGACGGAAUUUUACUUAAAAUUGCAAUGUAUAAUAAAGUAAUUGAAAUUUGAUUAUAACUUUGUAUAUCUUAACGCUUUUCAAUUAUGAUCGAUAUUAUAUUCUGCUAUGAUUUGCGAA